AUGACGUCCGAGCUGGAGAGCAGUUUGACGUCCAUGGACUGGCUGCCACAGCUGACCAUGCGGGCGGCCAUCCAGAAGGCCGACGCCCAGAACGCCCACGGGCCGGGCGUGGCCAAGAAGGGCGCCCUGCUGGACCCCAACACCACGCUGGACCAGGACGAGGUGCAGCAGCACAAGGAUGGCAAGCCGCCCUACAGCUACGCCAGCCUCAUCACCUUCGCCAUCAACAGCUCCCCCAAGAAGAAGAUGACCCUGAGCGAGAUCUACCAGUGGAUCUGCGACAACUUUCCCUACUACAGAGAGGCAGGCAGCGGCUGGAAGAACUCAAUUCGACACAAUCUGUCCCUAAACAAGUGUUUUCUGAAAGUGCCUCGCUCCAAAGAUGACCCUGGAAAGGGAUCCUACUGGGCGAUCGACACAAACCCAAAGGAGGACGCGCUGCCCACCAGACCCAAGAAGAGGCCACGGUCGGGAGAGCAGACCUCCCCUCCGUACAUCAGGGACUCAGACUCCCGGGGAAUGGAGUGCAUCAUCUCUGGAAGUGCCUCCCCAACGCUGGCAAUCAACACUGUGACAAACAAGGUAGCACUGUACACCCCGGAGCAGGACGGCAGCGACAGCCCCAGGAGCAGCCUUAACAACAGCAUGUCUGACCAGAGCCUGGCCUCCGUCAACCUGAACAGCGUGGGCAGCGUGCACAGCUACACUCCGGUCAGCAGUCACCCCGAACCCGUAUCCCAGUCCUUGACCCUGCAGCAGACCCAGUCUCAGCCCCAGUACAGCCUGCCUGAGCGGGACAAGCAGCUCCUCUUCUCCGACUUCGAAGAUCUCAGUGCCUCUUUCCGCAGCCUUUACAAGUCCGUCUUUGAGCAGUCCUUCGGCCAGCAGGGGCUGAUGGGAAUGCCGUCUGACUCCGCCCAGCAGACUCACACUUCCUGCUCCUACCAGUCCCCCCACGGCACCCAGAACAGCCUCACCAACAGCCUGGCCAACAACGGCGGCCAGGUGCCCCUGUCCCACCCGUCCCAGCUGCAGAGCCAGAACACCCACCCCGCCCACACAUCGCCCCACGGGGCGCACCUGCCCCAGCACCCCCAGCACCCUUCCCAGCAUGCACCUCACUCACAACACCCUUCCCAACAUGCAUCACACCAACAACACCCUUCCCAACAUGCACCACACUCACAGCACCCUUCCCAGCAUGCACCACACAGUCAACAUCCUUCACAACAUGCACCACACUCACAGCACCCUUCCCAACAUGCACCACACACACAACACCCUUCCCAGCAUGGACAACACUCACAGCACCCUUCCCAGCAUGCACCACACACACAACACCCUUCCCAGCAUGGACAACACACACAACACACUUCCCAACAUGCACAGCACAGUCAGCACCCUUCCCAGCAUGCACCACACACACAGCACCCAUCCCAGCAUGCACCACACACACAGCACCCUUCCCAGCAUGCACCACACACACAGCACCCUUCCCAACAUGCACCACACACACAGCACCCUUCCCAGCAGCAGCAGCAUCAGUCCCAUCCUGGCCAGCAGCAGCAGCUGUCCUGUAACUCUGGCCUGCCCUCAGACUGGUACCCCAACCUGGACGCGCUGAAGGAGAGCUGUCGCAUCGCCAGCAGCUACAACUGGGCUGAUGUCGACCUCUCACCUUUCCAAGGUCUGAAGGAGAGCAUGAGACAAGCAGAGCUCAACAACUGGUCCCUGGAGCCCACGCAGAUCGCUGACCUCUGCUCCUCCAUAAACCAGUUCUUUGCCCGCACUGGGGUCAUCCAGCCACAAGGGGCAGUGCAGCCCCCAACAUGCCAUGGUUCAAUCCACCCCAGCAAGCCCAGCCAGCACAUCAGCACGGGAAAUCCCUACAUGGAUUCCAGGCAGAAUCUGCCCCCUAUGAUGGGCCCCCCGGGAUAUGCCCACCUCCCUCCAAUGAGCAGCGCCGGCCCCACUUUGACAGGACACCACGCUCAGAUGAACCAGCAGCACAUGAUUCCUCCCGGAAGUUUCCAGAUGCGCCGCAUGCCAGCUGACGACAUCCAGGACGACUUCGACUGGGACUCCAUCGUGUAGGGCUCCGCGGGGGGUGGGGGGGAGUUGGGCCAGGGCCGCGCCCAGGGGUCCACACGCUUUCGCAGGGAGGCACGCGGGAUGGGACCCCUCAGAGGUGCAGUGGAGACUUCAGUGUCCUGACCUUUUUACAAAACAAAAACAAAACGAAAAAAAAAAACAGGAAAAAAAACACAAACAGUUUGAAGACAAUCAUAUCUAGCGGGACACCUUUCAGUGAUCGUUUUUGUACUUUUUGUGGCUUUUGUCAUGGGGCGAGCAGUACCUCUGACCCCCCCUCACCCGAAACCUCAGCGGUCGCGGCUCCUGGCUGUGGUGUGGUUUGGCGGUGUGGUGACCAGCCCUCAGGGUCGUCUCUUAGAGCGGAGGGAGACAGUAGGUGAUGUGGUCGUGCCUCUCUCUCUCUCUCGCUGGACUGGAACUGUGUGUCCGAGUGCCAGCAGGAAUGGAGGAUCUACAGAGGGUUUUACAGUCCCGGUCUGGACCUGGGGAGGCUAGGAGGCCCUCACAGACGCGGAAGGUCUCAGACCUGGGCGCAUUCUGGGGUCUAAACCCCAGCCGAGUUCGCCUCCUUUCUCUGAACGUUAACAUCAGGUGUGCGGCGCUAGGGCAGGUGUCAGCAAGGAAAGCAAUCCCAAAUAUCACAAUACAGAUGUAAACUUAACAGCAGUACCUGCAGUAUUUGUGCUUGUGUGUUUUAUUCUGUCUGUAACGUGUCAUUUCACCACCAGUGCUGUCAGUAUCAGUGAGGCUUUUUUUCCCCAAGUCUUUCUCAGUUCUUCAUAGCACAUAUUUCUGAAUGAGGCGGAGUGGUAGGUGACAGACACCACCAGGCUUGUGGGCUCGUUAGCUGCUCUUUCACUGACCCAUGCUGGCUGUAUGUCAUGUGACCCAGUAUGACGGUUAGCAUUCGAACUGAUAGUCUUGCUGACUGCUCAACUGCUGCCUGACCAAAUUUUUUGGCACCAACGACACCCAUCAACAUCAUGUUUGUAAAUAAAUGAGCAAGACCAGCCACAAAAUGUAUACGUGUUAGCUGGCUGGCUGGUGACUGAGGGAGGAAACCUGAUGCUUGUGCUGUCAUCAUCACUGUGCUAGACAGACCACAAAGAGGAGAGAACCAUGCUAAAGACCGCUGCUGGGUGUGGCCUUUUCCAUAGGAUGCUAAGCACACCUUAUGUUUCAUUUACCUGGGUUCAGAGCAAACCUGGUUCCCUAUCUGGACUUCCCUAUCUUCCCUUAUCUGGACCUAUCUGGACUCCAACAUAUUGUCAGCCCAGGUCAGUUUGCUGUGAUUCCAUCUUCAGCUCACCCCAGGUGGAGCUCACCUACAGCCAGGGUGGGCCAGUGGAGAAGCCUGCAGCUCGCCUCAGGCGUAGCUGACAGACAGCCAGCAUGGGUCAGGGGAAACACAGCUGUGUGCUGGGGUCCCCGAGUCAUGGAGAAGGCCUGUCACUCCUCACGGGGGCGUUGUCGCUGUCUGGAUUACACAGGGUCAAAGGAAGUUUGCACAAUAUAAACUCCUGCGCUCGGGCUUGCAUUUCUGCACUGAGCCCUGCUGAGAUUAUACAACUGAGCGUCAUCUAGUGUGCAUUUCUGAGUGAGUGUGACGGGGAUGCUGGGAUACGUAUCUGUCCAAAAGCAUGGCUGUCUCAUCUGUCGUGUGCUGCAAAGUAUGUACAUUUACUUUUGUAGAUAAGGUCUGCAAAAGACAGACAUGAAAUGUCUCCAUGAAUUUACAUUUUAACAUAAUUCAUGUUAAUCGUUCUCAUCCCUUAUAUAGUUCGUUUGGGGAACAGGGAUGUUAAAAUGCUCAGUCACUGCUGAGAUUAUCUCAGAUGAAUCAGAUGGUCUGUAGAACAGUGCCUCAGGCUUUCAGAAGGUGCUGGACCAGGCAAAGCUGAGGGUGUCCUACACCGGGGAUCUAAGAUGUCAGAACCUGAACCACUGUGUGUCUAAGGGACAGUUCCCUGUGCCUUAAUGUGCCCAGCCAUCAGGACAUCAAGAAAAACUACCAUGGAGGGGGGAAGUGGGUCCUGAAAGACUGUGUGUGUGUAUAUGUCUGUGUGUGUCUGUUUGUGAGAGAGACAGAGCGAGAGCGAGAUAUAGGGCUAUAUGUUUAUGACAUCAAAAUCAUCUCUGUCCCCGAUAAAUGAGCACAAACCUAUCCACAGAGGGGAGAGGGAGGAUUCACAGGGUCUGUAAAGAAAGAAUCAAGCACUUUGUCUCGGCGUUGCCCAGAGGUCAGGCCAGGGUCACCUGUCUGCUCUCUCAGCUCGGUUUUCAGACUCGGGUGACUUCGUCAUGGUUUUGCUUUGUCCCAUUUUGAGCAGUAUUUUGUCUUUUUUCUGUCCUCUGAAAUGGCGCGCAUACAUGGGGUGUCAGGUCUAAUUUUUUUGUGCUACUCUUGACAGUGUUUUGAGUUUUGAUGUCUGUGUAUUCGUACUAAUACACCUGGUCCUGGAGACCGUUGCUGCCACACCUGGUCACAAGUACCGUCCUCAGUGAUCAGAGACGGAGGGACAACUGUGCAGCCCGUAUGGAGAGACCAGCAUGGAAGCCACACCUGGCUGCUUACCUGGAGGUUUCAGGCAUAUUCGAGCACUGUGAGGCCACGGGCUCUGAGUGGCGUUCAGUCUGAGCGGCGUUCAGUCCACAUGCCGCUUGCAUGUGACAGGCGGGUGGGUGUCAGCAUGCUAGUGGCUCUGCGAUAUCAUUGUUCAACCUAAAAGGUAGGAUACAGAUAGAUUGUCAGAUUUUAGCUGGAGUUCGCCUGGUGAGAUCCACGCCAAGCUGUGAGGUCAGUGUCAAUCAAACCGGAAUUAAAGGAACAGCUAAUGAUCAGCUGACAGACACAUCAGACACCAGUGCCCACGCUGUUCGGUCAGAAAGGCACCCGUCUCAAAAGCAGGCUGAGCUCAGUGGAGCGGGUUCGACCCCAGCCGUUUCAUCAGCUAAAGAAGGAGCUGCAGCCUUGCUGAUCUACCCACCCCUACCCCAGCAUAACCAAUCAGCUUCGGUCCCCAGGAGAAGGGGUGGGAUUGUCAGCAGGGUCUCUCAGGCACCCUGCCAUUGGCCAGGCACCUGAGGUUUGCUCAGGUGACAUCAGUGGAGUAGUGUCUGUCCUCUGAGCUGUGAUUGGUUCCCAGUUCAUUGUGGUACACUGUGGGACUUGCAUUGAGGGACACAGCCGUUGGCUUUGGAUAUAGGUUUAUCGGAGGCCUGCAUUUGCCUUGCUUCAGUGCCUCUGUGUGAUUGCAGAGGCCAUUGCAGCGAGGCGAGCCUAACAUGCAAAAACGGGGUUUCACAAAAGGAGAGAAACACGAAACGUUUGUGAUGGUAGCCCAGGUGUGGACAGCAACACUGUCUUUUAAUGUUUGUUAAAUAAUGUAAGUCCUGCAAAUAGGUUUUAUAUUGCUGGUCAGUUCAAAUCCCGCUAAAUGUUUUAAAAUGUAGGCCGCGUGUUGCUUUUAAGAUACUACAAAGUGCGUUGGUCUUCCUCAGAGAAAGAAACCACAAAGAGACAGCGCCGGGUCAGGAUGUUCCCAGGAGUGGCCGGAGGGGGUGGAGGCCAUUUUAGAUGAAAAGGACAGUGAAAUCUGUGGUGCCUUGGCAGGAGAUAGAAGGGGGGAAUUGGGAGGUCCAGGCGUAAACGGCAAAAGGGAAGAGAGAGAUACGGAAAUGCGCAAAAACCAUCGACCGGUUUUUCAGUGUAUCCUUCGGUUCACGUGUAUACAUGUGUUUGUCAUAUUGCUGCAGAAUAAGAUGCCAGAGAGAUUUAGAUCUAUAUGAAAAGCCUUUGUUACAUUAAGGGAGAAAACUGCCAACAAGUACUGGUAUUUGAGGCCUAUUUUAUUCAAUGUUGGUGUGUUAUUGUGCUUAUUGUAAAUAUAUGUCUUUUCAAUCGUCCUUUUUUUCCCUCUGGGUGGACAAGGAUCCUGGGGAGAGGCGGGGUUCACAGGCUAAAGAAAGGGGGGGAGGAUACAGAGUAUUUUGCUAUUGUUCAGUCAGAGGGUGAAAUGGUAUGUAUAUAUAUCUAUAUUGUAUAUAUGUGAUGAAAAUGCGUUGGCUUUUGUGUGACACUACCUUUUACCUGUACUGCCGUUCUUCAGUGUUUUGGUGUUUCUAAAAUAUUUUUGUUGUUUUUCUGUU